AUGGCAAACCGUGAUUCUGUAGACAAUUGUUUUCUGCAUUGUGAAUGGAUUCAAGAAUUAGUUUUGGAACUACAUUUCACCCAAACUCUACGUAUGUAUUGGCGAAAAAUGGAUCCUGAAGUCCCUCCUGAAGUUGAUGAUGGCUCUACUGAAGAUAUGCGAACUGGUAGAAUAGAUGAUAAAGAAAAGGAAGAUGAUCCGCAUAAUAUGGAACAGAAAUUUUAUCGUUAUGGAAUCAAACCUGAAUGGAUGCAGGUUCAUCGCAUAAUUAACCACAUGGCUUAUGAGAAGAAUCAAUACGACUAUUUGGUUAAAUGGCGUGAAUUGGUAUAUGAUCAAGCAACAUGGGAACGUGAUGAUUUUGAUAUUCCUGGGUAUGAAGAUGCAAUAUUUCGCUAUUGGGUGCAUCGUGAACGAAUGAGUGGGGAAACAAUGCCUAAAUAUAUUUUAAAGAGAUUAAAUAAAAGAAGGGCUGAACAAGGAUUGCCUCCAUUUGAAGAUGAAGAGAAGAAGCGUAAAAAGCGGGAAAAUAAACCGAGCACCGAUAUAAAAAAGAAAUACGAAGCUCAGCCAGAAUAUGUAAACGAAACAGGAGGCAAUCUUCAUGCCUAUCAAAUGGAAGGAAUUAAUUGGCUUCGUCAUUGUUGGUCAAAUGGAAUAGAUGCAAUUUUGGCUGAUGAAAUGGGGUUGGGAAAAACAAUUCAGUCGAUGGUUUUUCUUUAUUCACUUGUCAAAGAAGGACAUAGCAAAGGGCCAUUUCUUGUAUCAGCUCCUCUCUCUACAUUAAUCAAUUGGGAACGUGAAGCUGAAUUUUGGUCUCCUGAUCUUUAUGUUGUUACUUAUAUUGGAGACAAGGACAGUCGAACUGUUAUAAGGGAGCAUGAAUUCUCUUUUGUUGAAGGGGCCACAAGAGGCGGGACAAAAGCUGGAAGGAUGAGGACAGACCAAGGCAUUAAAUUCCAUGUUUUAUUGACUUCUUAUGAGGUUUAA